GAGUUACCUGCAUGACGUAUUGCAGCACUGCUGUCACCGGUGGUCAGGCCAAGGUUUAAGGAUUGCCAGGGCGCUGGAUGUUGCCGUGGCUGUCCGGAGCUCCUGGCGGGGCAGUUCAGUGCCGGCUGUCUGUUGCCGGGCCGCGGUUGCCGGGGCGGCGGGGCGGGCUGUGCGCCGGAAGCACCGGCGGCGGCGGCGGCGGAUGGAGGCUGAGGCUGAGCCGGAGCGAGCGGAGGCGCCGCGGCGGGGGGGCGUCGCCGGGGGUCCACCACCUAAACCUCCACGCCGGCAAGGAGGCUGGGCAGAUGAUCCUGUACUGGCACCUAUCAAACAUUCCCGUGAUCCCUGAUUUGGAGGAAGUCCAGGAGGAAGACCUGGCCAUGCAAGUGGCAGCUCCCCCCAGUGUGCAGGUGAACCGAGUGCUGACCUACCAAGACCUGGACAAAGAUUUAAUGAAGUAUGCUGCCUUUCAGACUCUGGAUGGGGAGGUAGACCUGAAGCUCCUCACCAAAGUUUUGGCUCCAGAGCAUGAACUACAAGAGGAUGAUGUCAGCUGGGAUUGGGACCAUCUCUUCACAGAGGUGUCCUCAGAACUAGUGACUGAGUGGGACCUGGGACAGUCUGAGAGAGAGGACCACCUCAGUCUGCCAUAGAGUACUGGCAGAACAGACAUCUCAUACAUGCAUCCCCUGUAAAUAGUUUAGCACUUCAAUUUUCUAUUCACUUGUUUGUAUUUGAGACCUUACUUCAGACAUGAAAAUAAAUAGGACCUUGCUUUACAGAAAACUGUCUCGUGAGAAGUUUUGGAUAUUUUGUAAUAAGAAUCUUUGUUCUCAAAAGAGAUGAAGAAUUCUAAACACAAUAAAAUAUUAACUUAUGAACAGUC